AUGCCCUCGAAUCUGCCCUUUUCCCUGAAUCUGCCCUUUUCCCCGAAUCUGCCCUUUUCCCCGAAUCUGCCCUUUUCCCCGAAUCUUCCCUUUUCCCCGAACCUGCCCUUUUCCCCGAAUCUGCCCUUUUCCCCGAAUCUGCCCUUUUCCCGGAAUCUGCCCUUUUCCCUGAAUCUGCCCUUUUCCCCGAAUCUGCCCUUUUCCCCGAAUCUGCCCUUUUACCCGAAUCUGCCCUUUUCCCCGAAUCUGCCCUUUUCCCCGAAUCUGCCCUUUUCCCCCAAUCUGCCCUUUCCCCGAAUCUGCCCUUUUCCCCGAAUCUGCCCUUUUCCCCGAAUCUGCCCUUUUCCCCGAAUCUGCCCUUUUCCCCGAAUCUGCCCUUUUCCCCGAAUCUGCCCUUUUCCCCGAAUCUGCCCUUUUCCCCCAAUCUGCCCUUUCCCCGAAUCUGCCCUUUUCCCCGAAUCUGCCCUUUUCCCCGAAUCUGCCCUUUUCCCCGAAUCUGCCCUUUUCCCCGAAUCUGCCCUUUUCCCCGAAUCUGCCCUUUUCCCCGAAUCUGCCCUUUUCCCUGAAUCUGCCCUUUUCCCCGAAUCUGCCCUUUUCCCUGAAUCUGCCCUUUUCCCUGAAUCUGCCCUUUUCCCCGAAUCUGCCCUUUUCCCGAAUCUGCCCUUUUCUCUGGAUCUGCCCUUUUCCCCGAAUCUGCCCUUUUCCCCGAAUCUGCCCUUUUCCUCGAAUCUGCCCUUUUCCCUGGAUCUGCUGUGCUCUCCAAGUCUGCUGUUCUUGCUGGAGCUACUAGGUUUGACAGUAACAACAGAGUACGCCGAAUAG